CCCUGAGGGUCCAGAAGAGGCGCAUUUGUGUCUUGGGUUAAAAUAAGGUCCCGUCCACAUGCUGGGUCCGGGGCCCUGCUGGGUCAGAUCAUGUUCUAUGGGCACAGCGCCCGGGACCCCUGCGCGGCAGGAACCCCCACACGGGGGUCACACCUGCCCACACAGGCUGAAGAGCAUUGGCGUGUCUUCAGGUCAAAGUUUUUCCUUCUCUUUUUUCUUUUCUCUUUUUUUUCUGGAGAUAGGGUCUAGAUCUGCCGCUCAGGCUGGAGUACAGGGUCGAGAUCACGGCUCGACCUCCUGGGCUCAAGCGAUUCUCCCACUCUGGCCUCCCAAAGUGUUGGGAUUACAGGCAUGAGCCCCUGAGCCCAGCCUCGAAGUCAUUUUGAAAUCGGUAGUGUGGUCGCCAUGUCUCCUGCGCACCCAGGCAGGAAACCCAGGAGGAGAGCCUGAGGCUGGAGUCCAUGAGGAUUUUCAUCUCCUGGUGGCUUAUCUCUGUUUCUGUUUUCCCUACUGGGAUUUAGUGCUGGUCCUCACGCUGCCUUCCCCCUCGGUGUGUGGGAGUCUGUGUCUCCCUCUGCAGCCCCCAACCCCACCCGGCCCCAUGCUGUCCUCAGACACACCGGGCACGUUUUGGCCUCAGGGAUUCUGCCCUGCUGAUCCCUCUGCCUGGAAUGCUGUUCCCCGGGGCCCCAGUUGGUUUCACCCACGGCCCCUUCCUGAGUUGGCCUUUGGGGGCCACACCCACACCCUGUGUCCUGGGGCUGUCCACCUGGCCUCCCUGAGGUCAGCUCCAGGCGGGAGGGCCCCUGGUCCACACUGCCCCCUGCUCCUGGCACAGACGCUGGCAUAAAGACGCCCGGUGAAUGUUGGUGACCCAAUGUAUGCAUGGAGCAAAGGCCAGAGGAGGAGCUGCUCCGGAAAGUGCUGUUACCCACCACCUCGAGCCACAGCCUUGCUAGGGUGCUCCAGGGCCUCUGCGCAAGAUUCUGCCCCCAAACCCUCUGUCUCUAGUUUAUGGAGAGCCUGGGGAGGAAAACCGGCUCCCCCAGGACCCUCAGCCCCGCAGAAAACCUGCACCACCCCACAGACCCACCCGUGUCUCCGCACCGGCUGCUGUGGCUGGGACUUCUGGGGAAGGAGUUCAGGGCUGCAGGUCCGUGUGUGAGUCAUGGGCACACAUCUCUGCACACACGCGUGAGUCACAUGCACCCGUCUCUGCACACACACGUGUCCACAUGCACACCCAUCUGCACACAUGCGUGGAGUCAUGUGCACCCCUGUCUCUGCACACACACGUGUCCACAUGCACACCCGUCUCUGCACACACGCAUGGAGUCACGCGCACCCGUCUGCACACACGCAUGUCCACACGCACCCAUCUGCACACACACGUGGAGUCACGUGCACCCAUCUCUGCACACACACGUGUCCACACGCACCCGUCUCUGCACACACACGUGUCCACACGCACCCGUCUCUGCACACACGUGUCCACACGCACCCGUCUCUGCACACACGCGUGUCCACACGCACCCGUCUCUGCACACACGCGUGGAGUCACGCGCACCCGUCUCUGCACACACACGUGUCCACACGCACCCGUCUCUGCACACACGCGUGGAGUCACGCGCACCUGUCUCUGCACACACAAGUGUCCACAUGCACCCGUCUCUGCACACACGCGUGGAGUCACGCGCACCCGUCUCUGCACACAUGCGUGUCCACGCGCACCCGUCUCUGCGCACACGCGUGUCCACGCGCACCCGUCUCUGCGCACGCGCGUGUCCACGCGCACCCGUCUCUGCGCACACGCGCGUCCACACGCUCCUGCUCAUGUGCUGCACCUGCUGGCUUUGGGCACCGACGUCAACGCUUCGUCACUGUGGCGGGAGGCCCUCAGGACAGAGAAGUGCCCCCUCCCAGGGGACUCAGUCCCCUUGGGAUCAGAGGCCAGGCACAGGUCUCCCUCAGCCCCUGAAGCUGGGCACUGCGGCCUGACGCACUCCUCCCAGGGAGGUGGGGGAACCUCAGGCCUGGACCACAGCUCAGACCUCCCGCCUCCAGGACGUGGAACACAGAGCCACAGUCGGCUGGUCAGCUGCAGCGUUGGGCGCGGGUGCAGGCCCAGGCUCCUUCCGCACGGCCAAACCAGGGGGUGCUAAUUCUGGCCUGCCCUGCGCUCCUCUGCACUGUGUGGGUGACUCACGGGUGGCUCCAGAUUUCUGGGCAUAAAUUGGGUCCCAGCGGAAAGUACCCCAGAGGACCAGGCAGGCUGGGGGGCAGCUCUGCCGCUCACCUCCAGACCCUGCCACCCGUCCCCAGCCAGGGAGUCCCUUCUCUGUCCUCUGGUCUGCCCGGCCCCAGGCCUUGACCUCCUCCCUGUGGAGAUGCAGGGGCAGGGGGGGGAUACAGGGACGCCCUGCUCUCAGGCCGGCUCGGCUCCCCGGGAAGCAGUGCUGGGGAGGGGUAGGUGAGACCGCCCCUCCCACCGGGCCCACAGCACCACCCUGGUCUGAGGCACCGCCUCCAGGAAGCCCUCUCUGAGCUCUGAGCGCCUGCGGUCUCCUGUGUGCUGCUCUCUGUGGGGUCCUGUAGACCCAGAGAGGCUCAGCUGCGCUUGCCCGGCUGGGAGAACUGGGUGUGGGGAACAUGGCUGGGCCCCGGAGGCUCCUGCUUCUGCCCCUCCUUCUGGCGCUGGCUUGCAGCCUGCCUGGGGCCCUGGCUGCCCAAGAGGUGCAGCAGUCUCCCCACUGCACGACUGUCCCUGUGGGAGGCUCCGUCAACAUCACCUGCUCCACCAGCGGGGGCCUGCGUGGGAUCUACCUGAGGCAGCUCAGGCCACAGCCCCAAGACAUCAUUUACUACGAGGACGGGGUGGUGCCCACUACGGACAGACAGUUCCGGGGCCGCAUCGACUUCUCGGGAUCCCAGGACAACCUGACUAUCACCAUGCACCGCCUGCAGCCGUCGGACACUGGCACCUACACCUGCCAGGCCAUCACGGAGGUCAAUGUCUACGGCUCCGGCACCCUGGUCCUGGUGACAGAGGAACAGUCUCAAGGAUUGCACAGAUGCUCAGAUGCCCCGCUGAGGGCCUCUGCCCUCCCUGCCCGGCCGACAGCCUCUGCCCUCCCUGCCCGGCCGACAGCCUCUGCCCUCCCUGCCCUGCCGACAGCCUCUGCCCUCCCUGCAGCCCUGGCAGUGAUCUGCUUCCUCCUCGGGCUGGGCCUGGGGGUGGCAUGUGUGCUGGCGAGGACACAGAUGAAGAAACUGUGCUCGUGGCGGAAUAAGAAUUCGGCGGCGUGUGUGGUGUACGAGGACAUGUCGCACAGCCGCUGCAACACGCUGUCCUCCCCCAACCAGUACCAGUGACCCAGUGGGCCCCUCCACGUCCUGCCUGUGGUCCCCCCAGCACCGUCCCUGCCCCACCAUGCCCCGCACCCUGCCACACCCCUCACCCUGCUGUCCUCCCACGGCUGCAGCAGAGUUUGAAGGGCCCAGCCCUGCCCAGCUCUGAGCAGACACACAGGCAGUGGCCAGGCCCCACGGUGCUUCUCAGUGGACGAUGACGCCUCCUCCGGGAAGCCUUCCCUACCCAGCCUACGCCACCACCGGGAGGAAGCCUGACUGUCCUUUGGCUGCAUCUCCCGACCAUGGCCAAGGAGGGCUUCUCUGUGGGAUGGGCCUGGGCACACGGCCCUCUCCUGUCAGUGCCGGCCCAUCCACCAGCAGGCCCCCAACCCCCAGGCAGCCUGGCAGAGGACGGGAGGAGACCAGUCCCCCACCCAGCUGUACCAGAAAUAAAGGCUUCUAUGCUUCC